AGGGAUUUCAUUUGCUAGGUCACCUUCUGCGUCCUCUUCAUAUAAAAGGAUCACUACCACCAAUUCAUAAACCCUAUUUCAGCCGACGAGCUCUCUGAUUCUCUCUGGUUCGCUCGGUCAUCUGAGACACUAGAGCUAUGACUUUCAAGCGUAGGAAUGGUGGACGCAACAAGCACGGACGCGGACACGUGAAAUUUAUCCGCUGCUCCAACUGCGGAAAAUGCUGCCCCAAGGACAAGGCCAUCAAGAGGUUCCUUGUUAGGAACAUCGUGGAGCAGGCAGCUGUUAGAGAUGUUCAGGAAGCCUGUGUCUAUGAUCAGUACACUCUUCCUAAGCUAUAUGCCAAGAUGCAGUACUGUGUUUCUUGUGCUAUCCACUCUCACGUUGUGAGGGUUCGAUCACGCACUGACAGGAGGAAGCGUGAUCCUCCACAGCGCUUCAUUAGACGCAGGGAAGAUGCACCAAAGCCUGGACAGCCAGGACAGGCUCCUCGCGUUGGAGCUGGCCCUGGAGCUCCACCCCGUGCUUGAAGGAACGUCUUACUUGCUAUUUAAUUUUCUCAUGGUUUCCCAAAUUUCGCGGACUUCAAUUUUAUUAGGUUUUUCAAAAUAGUUUGAGGCUUUGUUUUGAGUAUCAAAUUAUGUUCUACUGUUGAAUUCUGAUUAAUUUUUGGUUGAACGGGGUCUACUUGAACAUUUUCAAUGUUUUUGUAAUGGCUCAAUUAUCUAUCAUUCCUGU